UUUGGUGGGAAACUGGCUUUUGAAUAUCGUCCUUCAGCGGCGGGAAAGACAGGAGCCUCCCAGAGCAGGAUUGUCAGGCCAGGAGAGGAGGGCAGUGUCAAGGCUGCAGGAGGAAGGGAGAUGCCUGCCUCACUUUAUUGGGGAGUCCCCUGCACCCCACCCUCCGUUGUGUCCUAGAAGGCUGUCAUUUAGCAAGAGAUUUGUGGACUGACUGUGAGGAGUGACUUAAUGUGAAGAAAGCCCCUCAGAGGCUGGACAUUCCUCUCUACAUAUUUGGAUGGAGGCCUUGAGUGUGGAGGUGAACAUGUCUGUGGACGAAGGGGCAGCCAAGGCCCCAGAGCUGAAUGCUCCCAGCGUCAAAUUAUGGGCUGAUCUCGGGGGAACAAAAGCCCCACAGCUUGGACACAGAGAGGGGAUUGGAGAGUUACAAGCUGUGGCCUCUCCACGGCAGGUUAAACGUGAACCAGAAGAGGAGCUUCAGGAGCGCUGGGAAGCCCAAUGGCAGGAGUUCUUGAGGACGCUGCAGGCCCCUCACUCGGGAUGGGGGAGCCUUCAAAAGUCUGUGGUGCCCUCGCCAUGGGAGGACACUAAGGCUUUCCUGGCCUCCUUCGAGCAAGUUGCCUCAGCCUGCCGGUGGCCUCGAGACAAGUGGGUGACCCUCCUCCUGCCGUCCCUGAGCGGAGAGGCCGAGCAGGCCUUCAGUGGCCUCAGUUCCCCAGACAGGGGCGACUAUGGGAAGGUGAAGGCAGCCAUCUUGCAAGGGGAGGCCAUCUUGAGGGAGAGGCAGCGCCAGCACUUCAGGCAGUUCUGCUACCGGGACACGGAGGGGCCACGUGCAGUUUAUAGUCGGCUCCGGGAACUUUGUCGUCAGUGGCUGAGAGCAGAGAGACACACGAAGGAAGAGAUUCUGGAGCUGUUGAUCCUGGAACAGUUCCUGACCGUCCUUCCUCAGGAAAUGCAGAGCUGGGUCAGAGAACGGGGCCCAGAGACCUGUGCCCAGGCUGUGGUCCUAGCUGAGGAUUUCCUGCUGAAGCAGAAAAUGGUGAAACAGGAAGGAGAGUUCCAGUUGUCACGGCCUUUGGGGACGGUCCCCACCAUGGUGGUGGCUGUGGAUUCCGCUGAGGCUAGCCAGGCUUUGCCAUUGGGCACCUGGCAGAGGCGGGUUUGCCAGGCAGCCGAGCUGGCGAGAAAAGGAGGGAGAGACUUGAGGGUUGAUGGGCAGAUGCAUGAGAACAAGGAGGGUCUUCAUCAGGAAAGUUCUGAGCAGGUGCCAUCAAAAACAGAGUCCCUGGAAACAGGCAAUGUCUUCCAGUAUUACGAGGAGGCAGCAAGACUUCGGAUUCAGCGAGAGCCGGAAGAGGAGCAGGGAAAGGUUGUGGAAAAGAGUGUGGCCGAAACCCUUUCCUAUUGGGAAGGGGGCUGUCAAAGGAAAGUGACCGCAGCCCAGAAGAACAUCCUGCAUGGCAAAGGAGAAAAGACACAUGGUGACCUCGGAGGGCGAUCCAGGUUGGGCUCAGACAUUUGGAUAAGCCACACUGCUGAGAAACCACAGGAACUGCUAUGCCAAGUGGAAACCUCCGGUGAAAGCUCAACCCUUGUGGCAAAUGAGAGAAGCCCCCUGAGAGAGAAGCCACAUAAAUACUCCUAUUGUGGGAGGAGAUUCUGUCAUAGUGAAAGUGUCGCAGCACAUGAGAGAAUCUACACAGGAGUGCUUGAAAACAAGGGGUAUUGUCUUCAGCAGGAAAACCCAGAGCAGCUAGAGCUCAGAGAUGUGCUGUUGAGAAGAGGGAAGGUUUCUUGGCAUUGUGGAGAAGGAACAAGGCUUGGGAGUCAACAGGGAACCAAGCCGGAGAAGACCAUGGAUGGAGCUCUUCCCAGUAAGGGAGGUAACUUUGGGUGGGAAGAGGGCAAAGGCCAGCUAAAGCUCCACCACUGCCACUGCGGAAGGAGUUUCAAGUACCGUUGCAACCUUAAGGCUCAUGAAAGAAUCCACACUGGAGAGAGGCCACAUAAGUGCUCGGACUGUGGGAGGAGCUUUGGCAAGGGUUCAACGCUUCGGGCCCAUGUGAGGACUCACACUGGAGAGAAGCCGUACAUGUGCUCAAUGUGCGGGAAAAGGUUCACAACCAGAUCGGGCCUUCUGACUCAUGAGAGAAUCCAUACAGGUGAGAAGCCCUAUAAGUGUUCGGACUGCGGAAGAAGCUUCAUCCAGAACACCAACCUUCUAGUACAUGAAAGAACCCACACAGGAGAGAAACCGUACGAGUGCUCUGACUGUGGGAGAAGCUUCACCCACAGCUCAAAUCUUAGAGCACAUGAGAAAAUCCACUCAGGAGACAAACCAUAUGCAUGCACAGACUGUGGACAGACCUUCUAUCAUAGCUCGAGCCUUACAGCACACGGGAGAAUUCACACAGGGGAGAAUGUAUACAGAUGCCCACAUUGUGAGAAAGUCUUCACUCGCAGCUCAGUUUUUAGGAAACACAUGAGAAUCCACACGGGAGAGAAACCUUUCAAGUGCUUGGACUGUGGAAAAGGUUUCUCUCAGAGAUGCAAUCUUAUUAUCCAUGAGAAGACCCACAUGGGAGAGCGACCUUUUAAGUGUUCGGAUUGUGAGAGAUGCUUCAGUCGAAAAUGUGAUCUCAUUGCACAUAAGAGAAUCCACACAGAGGAAGACCCGUACAAGUGCUCACACUGUGGGAGGAAUUUUUCUCAGAAGUCAAACCUUGUAAUACAUGAGAGGAUCCAUACUGAUGAGAAUCCAUAUCCAUGCUUGUACUGUGGGAAACGCUUCCGCCAGAAGGGAAACCUCAUGACCCAUGUGCGAAUCCACACAGGAGAGAAGCCAUAUGAGUGUUCUGAUUGUGGGAGGAGAUUCAGUCAGAAGGGCAGUCUUACAUCCCAUGAAAGAACCCACUCAAGGGAGAAAAGGACUAUCUAGAAGUUUUAGCUGCGUGGGGAGUGGGGGAUCUUAUUUGAUAUUCUUCAGCCUAAAUGGAAGCUUCUGAUUUGCUUCAUCCUAAGCAUAGUUUUCAUCCUGUGUUGCAGAGAGCUAAAAAGAAGGGCUUUCAAACGGUCCCAUAAAAACUAAUAGCUGCCAAAGUGGAGGAUGGGUGAAGAGAGCCACACUGGGGGGUGGGGAGCAUAGGGCUAAGAGUGAGGCAGUGCAGCAUUUGCUCUCAGGGAAGGAGGACAAAGGAAGGAAGGCUGCUUGUAAAAUACAAGGUGUGUUGCUUGUAAAGUAUUUUUUUGUCUUCCUUGAUGGUGUUUUCUGCAGAUUGUGAGAAAGUGGAUGGGGGAAGCAAAGGGCUAAGAAGAGUGGAGGUAUUUUACAGACAUCACUUGCACGCAAGAGAAUUCCUUCUCACAGCUGAUCUACCAAAAGCAGGUUUCUUCCCCUUAUAAAAUACAGGCAGCCUCGCUCUUUGCCCACUUCGUCCGUUGCUAUUUCUGUCUUACUCCAUCCUCUGUGAGGCUCUCUUCCCUCGCACUUUCUCACAGUUGUUGUUACGUGCCUCCAAGUCGACUGCGACUUAUGGUGACCCUAUGAAUCAGCGACCUCCAAGAGCAUCUGUCAUGAACCACCCUGUUCAGAUCUUGUAAGUUCACAUCUGUGGCUUCCUUUAUGGAAUCAAUCCAUCUCUUGUUUGGCCUUCCUCUUUUUCUACUCCCUUCUGUCUUUCCCAGCAUUGUGGUCUUUUCUAGUGAAUCAUGUCUUCUCAUGAUGUGUCCAAAGUAUGAUAAUCUCAGUUUCAUCAUUUUAGCUUCUACUGCAGUUCUGGUUUAAUGGGUUCUAACAAUUAUUUGUCUUUUUCUCAGUCCAUGGUAUGCACAAAGCUCUCCUCCAACACCACAUUUCAAAUGAGUUGAUUUUUCUCUUACCUGCUUUCUUCACUGUCCAACUUUCACAUCUAUACAUAGAGAUCGGGAAUACCAUGGUCUGAAUGAUCCUGACUUUAGUGUUCAGUGAUACAUCUUUGCAUUUGAGGAGCUUUUCUAGUUCUCUCACAGCUGCCCUCCCCAAUCCUAGCCUUCUUCUCAUUUCUUGACUAUUGUCUCCAUUUUGGUUAAUGACUGUGCCGAGGUAUUGAUAAUCCUUGACAAGUUCAGUGUCCUCAGUGUCAACUGUAAAGUUACAUAAAUCUUCUGUUAUCAUUACUUUAGUAUUUUUGACAUUCAGCUAUAGUCCUGCUUUUGUGCUUUUCUCUUUAACUUUCAUCAGCAUUUGUUUCAAAUCAUUACUGGUUUCUGCUAGUAGUAUGGUAUCAUCUGCAUAUCUUAAAUUAUUGAUAUUUCUCCCUCCAAUUUUCACACCUCCUUCAUCUUGGCCCAAUCCUGCUUUCCGUAUGAUAUGUUCUGUGUAUAGAUUAAAUAAAUAGGGUGGUAAAAUACACUCCUGUCUCACACCCUUUCCAAUGGGGAGCCAGUCAGUUUCUCCAUAUUCUGUCCUUACAGUAGCCUCUUGUCCAGAGCAUAGGUUGCGCAUCAGGACAAUCAGAUGCUGUGGGACCCCUAUUUCUUUUAAAGCAUUCCAUAGUUUUCAUGAUCUACACAGUCAAAGGCUUUGCUGUAAUCUAUAAAGCACAGGGUGAUUUUCUUCUGAAAUUCCUUGGUCUGUUCCAACGUAUGUUUGCGAUGUGAUCUCUGGUGCCUCUUCCCUUUCUAAAUCCACCUUGGAUGUCUGGCAUUUCUUUCUGCACAUAUGGUAAGAGCCUUUGUUGCAGAAUCUUGAGCAUUACUGUACUUGCAUGGGAUAUUAAGGCAAUAGUUGGAUAAUUACUGCAUUCCCUGGGAUCCCCUUUCUUUGGAAUUGGGAUGUAUAUGGAACGCUUCCAGUCUGUGGGACAUUGUUUAGUUUUCCAUAUUUGUUGACAAAUUUUUGUCAAAAUUUGGACAGAUUCAGUCUCAGUAGCUUGUAGCAACUCUAUUGUUAUGCCAUCUAUUCCUGGUGAUUUGUUUCUUCCAAGUAUUUUAAGAUCAGCUUUCACCUCACAUUCUAAAAUUUCUGGUUCUACAUCAUACGGUUCCUCCGUGAAUGAAUCUGUCAUCUGGGCAUCUCUUUUGUAGAGUUCUUCAGUGUAUUGCUUCCAUCUUCCUUUUAUUUCAUCUCGGACAGUCAGUGUGUUCCCCUGUUGAUUAUUCAACAUCCCUACUCUUGGUUUAAAUUUCCCUUUCAUUUCUCUAAUCUUUUGGAACAGGGAUCUUGUUCUACCCCUUUUAUUGUCCUCUUCUAUUUCUAUACAGUAGCUAUUGUAAUAGUUCUCUUUGUCCCUACAUACUAGUCGCUGUAUUGUUGCAUUUAGGGUUCUGACUGUGUUUCUAUCUCCUUUUGCUUUUGCUUUCCUUCUCUCUUUAACCAUUUUAAGAGUUUCUUCAGUCAUCCAUUGAGGUCUUUCUCUAAUUGCUUUACAAGCAAUUCCCCUUGUAUUUUACAGACAACCUUUUUCCUUUCCGCAGGCUUCCUUCCUUUGCCCCCUUCUUUGUGAGGAAACACCACCUCACCUCAUUCUCCACUCACUCUUCUCAGCCCUCUUCUCUUUCCCUCUCUCCCUACGCACCCUCUGUAAUAGCUGCAGGGAGUCUGGACAAGGAGAAUUGCUUGUCAAGCAAUGACCCUUGUAUUUUGCAGGCAUCAUGUGCAAGAAAGAAAUCCUUCUCUCAGCUGCUAAUGCAAAACACGGGAAACUUUUUUUGCAAAUCAGCUGCGAGAGGGACCUCUCUUGCACGCAGCAAUACCUGUAAAAUACCAGCUUCUUUGUCCCCCCCGCCCAUGGAAGUGCAUAUGGAACCACUUGGUUAGCACUAUGUUUGGUGCUUGGGAAGUGUCGAGCACAGGGCUAGCAAAGCCCCAUGUACAGUGAUUUCCAAGCACCUGAUUGCCAGUAGGCUGUUGUGGCUUGGGGACCCCUGCAAGGGAUCUUGAUAGGUGGGUUGGAGAUCUCACCUAUCAAUCCUUUUACACCAUAAUGAUGUCAUGUGAUUGACAGGUGGGUGACACUACCCAUCAUAUUUGGCCUCUGAGGCCAAUCCUGAUGACUAAUGAAGUGACCCUGCAGUUCUAAAUUUGGCACUACGCUGCUGCCCAAGGAUCACAUUCCUUCCUGGACAGCCUGGACAUGCCAGUGGUGGGCAGGGCCAGAUGCAGAACUGGGCAGAGCAAUUAAUGUCAACUUUACCUUUUUAUAGUAAGCUGGUUUCUACACAGACUCACAUCUAUCCUCAGUCUAGGCCAACAGGAAGCAUUAUCAGAGUUAAGGAACACAAUCCAGCCAUGCAGAAACACUCAAGGAAAGUGCAAAUCAGAGCCAGUGAAGGAUAUGGCCUGGAGAGAUUCUCAUGUGCCAGAUAAAGAGGACAAUUGGCACCUGGGUCUGAGUUUCCGCAUCCCUGAUCUAGCUUUAUGUCUCAGGUAGGCACUGAAGUGGCCUUGGUCACUGAAGAAAGUCGUCUUUGCUGAAAUGGACUGCUUGUAUGGACCUUGCUUUUAUAGACUGUUUUGUAUUACAUGAACAUAUAAACUCUUGCCUGUCUGUUGUCUUGAGGUAACUAGCUAUACCUGCCCUGCCCUGCCCUGUGCGACUCAAAUGGGAAGUGGGAACUCCACUGAGGAUCUGGAGGAUGUUGCAUCUUUUGCCUGCAACCUGGGAAUUAAAGUCUCCAAAUACUUCCUGGUGCGUGUAACCUGGGUUCCAAUAUUUCCUGAUGUCUUUAACCUGCUGGGCAGAGCCUGCGAUUGACAGGGGGCAGGUAGGCAGGGAUUAUUUUUGGAGGUAGCUGGCUGAUUGAGAUUUAGUUCAAGGUGGAACUCGGUAUGUUAAGAAUAUAUAUGAUAGCUGCAGAAAGACAGAAAGUUCUAUGGAGAAUGGUAUGGUAAGGAACCGUUUAGUUUCAGGCAACGUUGAUGGUGUUUUAAUCUACUUUCUUUUGCUC